ACCUUGUUCCUGCAUACCGAACCCGAUACUCCCUACGCCUGCGCCUAUCUCCGCCGUCCUCUCCUGACCACCGAGCCUCUGCCGGUCUCCCUGCGCCCCGGGGGCCUCUGAAUACUAUCCAGAGGCCCUGCGAAACCAGACACCUGUCCUCCUUGGACCUAAGCAGUGCGUAAGGGUAUGUCUCACGACCAGGCUCAAAGCCAUCCAACGCGACAGUCGCCAGAUGAGCCCGCAGAAUAUGGGGUUUUCUCUCAUCACUCCUCUUCCCCGACAGCUCCUUCCACCUAUUCGUCAUCGAGACCCUCUCAGGAUAGCCACCAUUCCCUGGCCUCCACGGUAGUAGCCAUGGAGCUGCACGAUCCUAGGAGCCUCACUUCCCUACAGAAAUGGGCUGCAACUGCAUCUGACACACAAUUCAAUGCUCUAUCCGGUGCUGUGGGCGGCUUUACCUCUGGAAUCGUCACAUGUCCGCUUGAUGUCAUUAAGACAAAGCUUCAAGCUCAGGGGGGGCUCAAUGCUAUUUCCAAAGGAAGAUAUGCAGGCCAGCAUAGGGUCUACUCAGGUCUAGUGGGCACCGCGAGGGUCAUCUACGGGGAGGAGGGGCUUCGCGGCAUGUACCGAGGCCUAGGUCCCAUCAUCCUCGGUUACCUACCCACGUGGGCUGUUUGGUUCACUGUUUACAACAAGAGCAAGCUGUUCUUAGCCGAUCACAACCUACAAAACCAAUUCUUUAUCAAUUUCUGGUCUUCUAUUAUAGCUGGGGCGAGCAGCACAAUAGUGACAAAUCCUAUAUGGGUGAUCAAAACUCGGCUUAUGUCACAGUCUGUGACGAGAUACGAUGGGCAUAUGUCGAUAUUCUCGCGCAGAGGUACCACCCAAACCUCAAGACCUACCAUAGAUUCUCCGUGGCAUUACCGCUCAACCCUGGAUGCUGCGCGUAAGAUGUACUCUUCGGAAGGCGUUCUGUCAUUUUACUCUGGUCUUACCCCAGCUCUUCUUGGGUUGACACACGUUGCUGUGCAAUUCCCGGCGUAUGAGUUUUUGCGGAAGAGGUUUACCGGCCAGAGCAUGGGUGAGAUGGGCGGCAACAAUCAGGAAAGCCACUGGCUUGGCGUGCUCUCGGCUUCGAUCAUGUCCAAGAUCAUGGCGAGCUCUGCUACUUAUCCCCACGAGGUGAUCCGGACUAGGUUACAGACACAGAGACGGCCGACUCCCGGAAGCGAGUAUCUUCAAGGGCUAGGCGUCUCAGAGUCUGCCCCCGGAGGGCACAGUCAGACCCCGCCCCGGACGCCUGACAUCGGCCCUCAGCCCAAAUAUCGGGGUGUGGUCAUGACAUUCCGUACCAUCCUUCGAGAGGAAGGCUGGAGGGCCUUCUACGCCGGUAUGGGAGUCAACAUGAUGCGAGCCGUGCCAGCAGCAACGGUGACGAUGAUGACAUACGAGUUUGUGAUGAAGACUCUUCACCACGCUCAAUCCCAAGGUCGGCGGAAGAUGAACUAAGAGACGAGACUACGAUAGACGAACCACGAGCAAUGAAUGCUGCUCAGACUAUACGAGUCGGGGGAUGCUUCCACCCGUCGGCGAAGUAUACAAAAUCCCCGCGUCGUAAAAUUUUGUGGAAUUAGACAAAAAAACACGAUCCUGUUGCUAGAAUCCAAGAAAAAAAAAAGAGGGAUCAACAACCGGACGGUCAGAAGUGUUUUAUGAGCCUCACAGGCCAGGGCGGGUAAAGGGGGCUGGGGUUGGGACCAGAUAACGAUACCCUUCUCUGU